AUGAGCAGCCUCGACUACAAGGAGGACGCCAGAGACCUCCACGCGUUCAAAGAGCUUCGCUUCUUUCUGAGCCACUCGGUCCCACUCGAGAUACGCUGCGGCGUCGCUCGCCUGGAGCUCCCGCUUGUUGCCGACUACCUGCUAGGAGGAGGAGGCGACGGCGGCAUCGCGGGAGGCGAUGCUGACUACAACCAACAGCCGCGGCAGCAGCAACAGAAGAAGAGGGGCCAGCAGAAGCAGCACGGCUUGGCGCCCGAGGUGACGGCGGGCACCGCUGAUGACGGUGAGGAGAUUGCGCGGAUUGUCAGGCGCAUCGUCGCCGAGCCGGAGCUGGUUGCCACCUGCCAGCUCUUCUCCGACGGACAGCCCAUGCACAAGGUCGCCAUGAGCUCGCACACCCCGUCGAGAUACGACCCGAGGCAGCAUGCCAUCGUUUGGGACGACAGCAUGUGUUUUCCCGUGAGGUACAGAGAUCUCGACCGGAACUCCCAGCUGGUGGUGGUCUUGCGGGGGGCGAAGGACCGUCUCGUGGGCGUAGCGAGCAUGCGCUUCUUCGACGCGAACGGCUCCCUCAACAUGGGCCUCCAGAAGCGGCCGUUUCUCUUCACCGACAGGGCCCCCUUCUCGUGGGACCCGGCCGCCCCGCCGUCCGGCAGAGAGCCGGGGCAGGACGGGGUAUGGUGCGGUAGCGGCGGCGGCGAUGAUGGCGGAGACGGUGGCCGCGACGGGAUUCUCUCCAAGGAUGACUGGGGGUUUGCAUUAGAGCGGAUGCGAGAGAAGUACCGCCUGCGGGCGAUGGACAGAGCGGACUGGCUUGACCCGGUGUCCCUCUCGAGGGUCGACCGCCUGGUGGCGGCCCUGGCCGACCCGGACGAGCUCCGCAAGCACCGCGCCUACCAGACCGACGCGGAAGGCGGGCGGGCGUGGGGGGCGUCCGAUCUUCUCGCCGGCGGGGGCUCGGACGCGUUCCUGCUGGUGUCGGACUACGAGAUGGAGGAGGACAACCCGGUGGAGCACAAGUACAGGAAGCUGGCGCACGACCAGCUCAGGGGCCUGGUGGACCCCGAGCUCAAGCCCAACCGCGACGAGAGGCACAGGAUCGACGACCUCGUCGCCGGGCGUCAGGACCACCUGAGCAUGGAGGACAAGGACCUGCUCUGGAAGUUCCGGUACUGCCUCACGGACAACAAGAGGGCGUUGACCAAGCUGCUUCUCUCGGUGGACUGGGGGGUAGACUCCGAGGUGGCUCAGGUCGAGAACCUCUUGGCAGAGUGGGCCCGGCGAGCUCCCAUCGACGCCCCCGACGCGCUCAAGCUCCUCGGCCGCGAGCGAACGUUCCAGGCCGAGGUAGUGCGUCGCUUCGCCGUGGAUGCGCUCCGGAGGGCCUCAGACGACGAGCUCCUCGCCUUCCUGCUGCAGCUGGUGCAGUUCUUAAUCGAGCGCGCCUGCAAGAGCCUGAAGCUGGCGAACUUCUUUUUCUGGUACCUCCGAGUGGAGCUCGAGGACGCGACCCACGGGCACAUCUUCCGGUCGGUGCAGGCGGCGUUCCAGAGGAGCAUGGGCCGGACCCCGGAGUCCGCGCGAGUGCUGGACAUGCUGCUCGCCCAAGACCAGUACGUGCAAGCGGUGGCCCGCGCCCACCAGGAAGCGUGCGACCUGAACGCCCGCUGGUGGGCCAAGGUGUGGGCCAAGGACGAGAGGCUGCGGGAGCUGCUCAAGGCGCCGAACCUCCGCCGUGUGCCGAGGCGCCCCAAGGUCGGCGGCGGUGGCGGCGGCGGCGGCGGGGCGGGAGUGGCAGGAGGAGUAGCGGAGGCGCUGAUGGCGGAGUUCGGCGCCGCCAGCGGCGGUGGAGGGGGGAGCGUGCCGAUGCCCCUAGACCCGACGGUGCAGAUCACGGGCCUCGAGCCCAGCACGGCCUUCCUCUUCAAGAGCGCCCUCUACCCUUGCGUCAUCGAGUUCACGGUAAAAAGAGACGCAACAAGCAGCGACAGCAACACUAUCUCUGCCGCCGCCGCCGCCGCCGGUGAUAUGGCCGCUCACACACCCGCCGCGACCGACGGCAAUACCACAGCCGUUCCUAACACGGGGACGACAGGAAGCACGGCCGCAGUAACUGGGGCGGCAGUCAACCGGCACGAUAAGGGUAAGGACGGUGACACGGCUGCGGCGGCUGCUGCGGCGGUGGCGGCGGCGGCGUCUAGCGGAGAGGUUCAGGGCGCCGGCGGCGCCGGCCGUGGUGCUGACCCGGGUGGAGCUCGGGACGGAGGGCCGCCCCCGCCGCCGCCGCGGCCGUCGCCCUCCGCUUCCUCGUGGCUGGGCCAGGCCAAGCCCAAGGAGACUUCGUACAAGGUGAUCUUCAAGAGCGGCGACGACCUUCGACAGGACCAGCUGGUCAUGCAGAUGAUCUCGCUCAUGGACUCCCUCCUCAAGCGGGUCAACCUCGAUCUCAAGCUAAAGCCCUACGGCAUCCUAGCCACGGGGCCCCGGCACGGCUUGGUGGAGUUCGUGUCCGGGUCUCAGCCAGUAUCGGCGGUGCUCUCGGCGCACAACGGGAGCAUCUUAGAGUACCUUCGACACCACAACCCGGACCCCUCCGCACCUAAAGGGGUCAGGGCUGCGGGGGUCCAAAACUUCGUCAAGAACACCGCAGGGUACUGCGUCAUCACCUACCUGCUUGGAAUCGGAGACCGUCACCUGGACAACAUCAUGAUGCUCCCGACAGGCAACCUGUUCCACAUCGACUUUGGGUACAUCUUCGGGAGGGACGCCAAGCCCGGCGCCACCCCUAUCCGGUUCACGCAACAGAUGGCUGAUGCCAUGGGCGGGGUGAACUCCGAGGACUACAGGAUGUUCAAGACCUACUGCUGCCAGGCGUACAACUGGCUUCGCAAGAGCGCGAACCUGAUCCUGAACCUCCUCUCCCUCAUGUCCGACGCCGGCAUCUCCGACCUGUCAGACGACCCUGUGGCCGCCCUCGCCAAGGUGGAGGACAACUUCCGCCUCGACCUCACGGACGAAAUGGCGGAAAACCUGUUCCUCAGGCUGAUCGACACGAGCCUCCAGGCUCUGGCGCCGAGGGUGAUCGAGUUGUUACACCAGAUUCGCGUCGCCGGACGAUAGAGCGUUCUGUCUGUCCAUCUUCUCGCCGAAGAUGCCCCGGCCGGUCAACACGUGUUCGUAUGCCGAUCACUACCGCUUCUGGCACUGCUAGCGCUGUUACCUCUGCCAUCACUGCUAACGCUGGUGCUGAGUAGGCGGGGUGUUUUCUCGCAGAGGCGAUCGGCAGCCGGGUAGCCUGGGCGGCCCCGAUCGAGGGGCAUGUACGGGGGGGGGCGGCCAUGUGGAUGACGCGGCGGCGACAUGGUAGAAGAGACAAGGAGAGACGAUUGUCGACGGCGAUAUGAGACCAAACAGGGGCGAGAAAAUAAUCAAACCGGGUCCACCUUCCAACGGCCGCGUGGAUGACAUACAUGUCGAGCCAAUCAUCGCCCCCCCCCCCCCCCCCGCCCCCCCGGGAUAAGUUGCCUUCUCUUGUCAUUUGUGUUGAUUGUGUGGGUGGUCGUACGGCUGUUGCUGUGUGCGAUCAGCUCUUUCAGACUCCGCUAAAGCCCUCU